UCGGAUUAAGGAUGUUGGACGGGACGAAAAUCGUUCAUCCCGGGGCUCUUAUCGGUCUUAUCUCGAUCCCGCGUGUAACUGACGUGUUAUUUUUAACGCGCUUAAGUCUCUUCGAUUUAUGCUUUUUUCCCCUAUCUCAUUCUUCCUCUUGUAUCCUUCUUGGCCAGAGGGGGGUCCUAGAAGGAUCAGGGGAUACCUCAGGACUCCCUCUUAUCCUGUCUCCUUAUUGACAGCGUCCCAAACCCUUUGGAAAUCCUCACUCCCUUUGGUUCUGUAGCCCUUUUCUCGAUAAUUUCCUCGCCCCUUGCUCUCCUUCCCGGGCACGAUGUCUUAUCAAGACGUUGUCCCUCGGUCGAGUUGGACAGGUUAGCUGAGUCUGCUAAAUUCGAGAUUAUACGAUAAGACCCAGCGACCUAUGGCACUUUUUGAGCGAGAACCUCGAUACUUCGUUUUUAUUCAGUUACCAGCGUCAUUGCUGUAUGGUCUUGUUCGAUUUCUUAUCUGAGUUAUUGUAAAUUGAUUUUAAAGAAUUUGUUUUCCAGCACGUUGCACUAAUGACGGUAUAUGGCUUUCACUGUGUGCAGAGGUACAGAGUGCACGCAGAGAAGUAGCCUGUUGAGAAAGUCUAAAGACGGAUCGGCGGUAGGUUGUGGCGCGGUCCUUGAGAAAUGAUCUGCCAGUCUCCGUUCUUGGGCACAGGGAGAUAUUCCUUUCUACGUGAAAUGUUGCUUUAUCUCGGGAAUGCCAUACUUUGGGAACAGAUGGUUCCGACGUUUCCGAUAAUGUAAGACGAGUGGUUUCCUUGGGGGCUUGCGACAGUCAGAGCUUGAACGUUUCCCCGCACUGCGACGGGGAUAGGCCGUUACUUUUGAAUCACCCCGGAGACAAGGCUCGGUCGUUGGUUCUGCCGAAAGUUCAAUGACGUUCCUUCUGCGUCGAUCCAAUCGGCUGUUUAAACUUUUCCACCAGUCAGCCAAUGUCUGAUUAAAGAAUAACAUUUGUUCUGGUCACUAUAAAACAGGAAGGACGAAGCUUGCACGACAUCCUGUUUGGAAUUGUAAAUCACCAUUGCCAAGGAAUUACACAAGUUUUCGUCAUGGAUGCCGAAGGGCUGAAUAGCGUUCCUUCGCAAUCCCUAUGGGCACUGUAGCUGUGGUCUUUGUCGACAAGGCGAAUAUUCAAUUGGCAAUCAUCACCACACGACGGGUUCAUGUAAAGGCAAACGAAAAUUUCUCAUUCUGGAGAACGGGAGGGGGCACAAGGGAUGCCAGCAUGCCACAGUUUCACCGAUCAAGCGUCAGGUGACAAACGCCGAAGUGACCAAGAUUGAACUGGAAUUAAAGGAAGCACCAGACAAUAUGGAGGAUCAACUUCCGGACGUUCUCACAGGAUCAGUGCCCACCAAAUUGGAUCCAACGCCGGAAAUAAAUUCCACCAAUUCCGAUGGUUCUGGAGGUGUUGUCGUGCGUGCCGAAGAAGCUCUUAUAGUCGUCCUGGUGCUGGUCCUCUGGGUAGCAGCAAUUGCCUUGUUUUUCAAUCGAUGGGGUAAAAUUCGCAUGCUGGAACCGUAUCAGCCAAAAUUCCAACAACAGCACAGACCGAGUUGCGCAAUUUCUGAUCCAAGUCAACUGCCACAUCGAACCUGCUCUAAAUUCAACAUCCACUGUCUGGAUCAUCCUGUGCACCAGAAUAGUCUAACGUCGGCCUUGUCCCGUCCACGGCAGAACAGCGUCUUCGUGGGGUCCAGCGUGUCCCUGCUGCCGUGUGAGAAUGCGCCGCGACGCGCCAAAAGUGCGUUCGACCUUCAGUCUCUGGUGAUGGCUGAAUACGCUGUACAAGUUCCUGUCGAGGAGGAGCCUCCGAAGCCUUUGAAGUCUCUGGAGAUUCCAAAGCCGAGUUUUCAACGGCAGCGUGGCAUGAGCAUCUGCCAUUUCGAUCGCAUGGACGUCCUGGCCAGGCCCUUGCAACGGGAACGGGGCAUGAGCAUCUGCCACUUCGACAGGACCGACGUCCUGGCCCGACCUGUGCAACGUGAACGGGGCAUGAGCAUCUGCAACUUCGAUAGGUCUAGGACGCAGCGCGAGAGUAGCGCCAGACCCGGGGUAGCGGCGAACUUUGAGAAAUCCUUUCAGAAGGAGAGCAGACUCAAUGUCAGCAGCUUUGAGAAAGCCGAAGCUCAGUUCAGGAGCUUGCAGAGGAACGAACGGGGCAUCGGUAUCUGUCACUUUGACAGGGCGACCACGUCGAGCAAGUCGCCGGAAGUUAGUCACAAUUAUAAAGCCACGUGCGUUUAAGAUCUGAUCGACGUAGAUCAGGAUCUACGUGAUUUUUCCUAUGUAACAUCGUAUACCGUGGAUCCAGCAGAUUGGAACAAUCGUGGAUACACUGAAAAAGAAAUUUUUGAAAAAUGCCUUUCGCUCGUGACGACUUUUCGAAAUUCACUUGUAAUAGUUCACGAACUUAAGGUACUCUUUGUGCAAUGUAUAUCUGGGAAACUGUAGACGCUCCUCUAAUGGAGGAGAGUGUGUAGUCUUUGCUUUUAUUUCUUUUGGUAUCAGUAUUGGAUUGCAGAGUCAAUUUUUAUAUUGCGAUCUGAUAUACAUUUUUACUGUCGGGUAUCGGGAAAGAGCGUGAAUGUCGCUUUUAUUGCCCUUUUUUUUUUAUACAAGUGUUCCAGGUAUCUGCUUCAGUGGGCAGAGGAAUUUCGAAAUUUUGACACAUUGACAAAGCUCCAUCCAGCCUUGUAGACUGGCUGAAAUAUACUUAAAUUAUUUUUAUGAUCAAAACGAAAGCUUUAAGGUAACUGACCAACAAUUACUCUGGUUUUAACUAUAUAAUGUUACUAUAUAUCGUUGUCUCUUCUUUUAUCCUCACUCUUGCACUUACUCUUGUAUAAUCUCUUGACUAUGCUCUCUGGCGCAUCGACUCGCCUAAUAGAUUGAUAAAUAUUGCAAAGAUCAACCUAUCAGCCACUCGGCACAAGGGACAACAGAUUGUCAUUAGUGUUGUCAUUGACGCCAGCAUUGAAAACCUCUACGAUUCUCUCUCCGGUACAGUCACAUGCUUCCGUCUAGAGUUUACUUACGUGCCACAGGCCUACGAAGGAAGAAAAGAAACGAGGAAUCACGUAAGACUGCGAAAAGACGUAAAAUAAUUUUUAAAGAAAUUUGCCAAGAGAAAGUAACAGAGUCGAUCGAAAUGAAAAAUUGAAGCUUCGAGCGAGAAGGACGCACGUACGAACAACGAGAAUCGAACGUUACGUCUAACCACCAAAUGGAUCGAUUGUCGUCCGAUGUAAAUGACGUGACUCGCGUGGAUUACGCUUAUUACGUAAUGUUUCCCAAUUAAUUGAUCAUUAUUCGAUUAUGUAACUCGACGCUCACCGACCGGUUCUACGAUUAGAUUAUCGACCUUGCGUCUCGGUUCUAUAUAAAUACGUAGAUAAAUACACCAGCGGAGCCUAGAUAUUUACCUUAAAGUAUAUAGACCUUGGCGAAAAGUCUUGAGGCGGAUAUAUAGCGAGCGUCGAAUAACCAUCAACUUUUCUUGGCUAUUCCAUUAUCGAGUCGUAGCGUCGCGACGCUCCACUCAAACAUUCUAUGACUUCAUCAUAAACCAUGUAAGUCAAUACCUCGAGACCAAGUAUUAGACUGUCUAAAUAUAGAGUUUAUCAUAUUAUCUAAUAUGCUCGUGCUAUAGAAUACAGUGAAUUUAGAUCUGUUAAUGUUAACGAAGGGGACCUCCUAUUAUUUAAUCUAUAUUAUAUAUACAUAUAUAUAUAUAUAUACAUACAUAUGACAAUGUAGAGACACGAAACGGUACUAUAUACUUACUAUACCAUUUACUUCAGACCAAUAUACGAGAUAUAUACAAUUUAAGGUAGUAUAUAUAUAAAUAUAUAUUUACAUAUACAUCUAGACUGUUGAUAACGCGUACUCGCGGGAAUCGUGUUAUUGGCGAAUUUUUAUUUUCAAAAUGUAUUAAAAUAAUAUUCGUCAGGAAAUGUUUCUUUUUUUUUUUUAAUGUUAACGUUAAUCUUGUACAUAUCCAAUUGAUGGAUAAUUUCAUUAUUUAAAUGGUAUCUUGUACCUUGGACUGUUUUUCUUCAUAUUUCUUUCUCUUUUCUCUCUCAUUCAAUCUGACGUUUAUCGUACACUCGUUACGGAUCUUCGCAACGACUUUUCCUAAUCCUAAUGUCUCGCAUUGGUACGACGCUACUCCGAGGAAGAUGUUUAAUGUAGUUACAAUGAGCAUUCGCCGUUACGAUUCCUAUAAGGAUCUUAUCCACUUGGCACAAUGCCAAAUAUCCUUAGAAUGUCUCUGCCGUGUGGGUUAGGCGAAUGUGUUAACGGAUAAUCAAAAAAAAUUAUUUGACAAACGAAGGACAAACAUAUUGACGACAGGUACAAUAAAAGGUAAAAGCGUAUUUGAAUCUUUCGUGAAAAUUGUCGGUUCGGCGUUAUUUAUUCUAAUAUAUAUUUGAAUUAUUCAUUGAUGUACAAACUAGAGUGAAAGGAUUCUGAGCUGACGAAAGUGUCUACCAUGUUUGUUCUGUAUAAUAAAAAACAUGACUGUAUCUAACGAA